UUCAUCAUUUUUAUACAAAAAGUGAAAUAAAGCAGACAGUUUUGAUAGUUACGCUCUGCGUCAAAUAUACCCAAUGGGAGAGUAAGGUCGUCAACUUCACUUGCAUUUUAAGUUGCCAAUGCAUUUUUGCUAUUAGCGUCAAAACACACUCUUUAUGUGUAAUUUAUUGGAAUGAUAACUAAAAUCCAAAAACCCACAGAUCUCUAGCUAAGACUUGUUAGGUUAUGGCGUCAUUUUUUGUCAAAAAGUAAUGAUUGAACUUUUAAAAAUCAGCACACAUCUUUGUCGUUCAUUUGGUCGUCCAUGACACAAAUGGAAGGUUAGGACUACUCGGAAUGCAUUGCAAGAUCGGAGGGAAAAUGAAACACACUAAAAGACCAGGUCUAUGUGAGAGACCACUGUCCCCAGUGGCUCUAAGUCAUAAAGAGAGAGAACAAAGAAAGAGGGAAAAGAACAAAUUAAGUUGCAAGGAAUGGCGGGAGAAUAUGAAAUCAGACCCCAUUCGUAGUGAAAAACAGAAGCAAAAAGACAGGGAAAGGAACAGGGCUAACCGACGUAAAGCUAAGACAGAGGAGGAAAAGGCACGACAGAGGGAGCUUACCAGAGAGCGUGUGCGCAGAUUUAGGGCCAAGCAGAAAGCAGAAAAAUCAAAGGUAACAAUUAACCAAAAGAAAGUAACCACACGCCCAAAAGAGAAAAGAAAUACAAAGGCUGUUAAGCUUCAAAGAGAAAAAUGGAAAAUGUCCAAAAGGAAACAAAGGGAACAGUGGACCCAACAGAAAUGGAAAUGUCACAGAGAAAAAAACCGUAAUGCAUAUUACAAGCGAAAAAGGACUGCAAAAGAGUGCCAUACAUCUUCCUCCCUUCAAAAUGCCUCGGGGCAAUAAUGUGGAAAAAAAUUGGGGAGCAUACUGUCUUCUUUGAAGAAAUCACUUUGCAAGAGGUGUCUUAUUUUGCAAGUUAAAGGUGUUGCAAUAUCAUCCCCACCUAACAGCCUGUACAAAAGAAGACAGAAGCACAAGGGGACAGAAGCAGCUAAGAAAUUUAUGGAGGAACAGUCCGUACACAUUCCACAUAAGAAAACUGCCGUGAGAGUUAAACAGAGAAAGAUACUCCAGAAGGUUGAGAUGAUUACACCAGAACUUUCUGUAGAGCCACCCCCACACCAAGUGGUCCUUAUGGCAUGUACAGACACACGCCAAAACAAAUUAUACCAGUAAACAUCAAAAGUGGAGGCAGUGUUUGUGUGAGAUCUGUUACAGUAUUGACCUGAAACUCGUUGUUGGAUAUUACAUGGACACAGUUGCUAGUGUUACACUGUGUCCAACUGCAAAAUGUAACACCUGACAUUGUAAACCAUUAGUUUAGUAGCUCAACUGAGUGUUAUUCACUUAAAUUUAAAUUUAAAUUGUUGAGAAAAUGCAAUUAAAUAAAACUAGUCAGAUUUUCUCAUUAUAUUUGACAAUGUUGCAUUUUAAUGAAAAGGAGUGGAGGUACUGACUAUUGGAUGUUACACUGGACAUAGUGAAGAAUGAAAAAGAUGUUACAAAAUAUGACUUGCAGGUUAAGGAAUUGACACAUAUAGGCCUACCCAACUACCAGACUUGGCACCGAAUGAUCACAAAUACCAACUACCAAACUCGGCUCUGAAGCGUGUACUGACUCACACCUUGAAAACGGGUAGUGGGGUCCGAUCUACCGGUGAAUUCAGGAUCAUUUGGUGCCAAGUCUGGUAGUUGGGUAGGCCUGCAAAUACUUAUGUUAACAUGUAAAUCUACAAUAAAAAUAGCAUUGUGUCCAAUGCAAUGUCCGAAUGCAAUGGGGCAGGAAUCCUUUUUAAUAAAUUUCUCAAAAAUGCUGGCCUGGGUUAUCUUUUUGUGAUAUGCACUAUAUGGAGAAAUUAUAAGUCUUUCAACACAUAAGAUUAGGAACCAGUAACAUAGGAUAUCAUGAAUUUUUAUAUUGUGCUUAUUAGCAGCAAAAAUAAGUAUAUUGGAAUUUUUCUUUUCACUUGAAUAUAUUCCCUGUUAAUGAAAGAUAGCCUUCAAUACU